UAGUACUCAAGAAAAGGAAUGCCGUUUUGACGAGAUUACAGCAAUUUUACCCAGAACUCAAAGAGCAUUGAGGGAAGAAUUCAAAUAUAUCACUAUGUCAAAAGUUCAACAUGCUGUAUUGUCACAAGCACCGAUUGAAGGAGACUUGUUUGUAAAAGCAAAGACAGGGACUGGAAAAACUUUGGCUUUUCUUAUACCAGCAAUAGAGACAAUGCAUCGAAAAUCGCAUCCUAAAAAUAAUGACGGCAGAAUGGUUUCAGUUAUGAUUCUUUCACCGACUCGUGAGUUGGCACAACAGAUAGCAACAGAAGCAGAGAGACUUACGCGUUUUUAUGACUACAAAGUUCAUUGUUUAGUAGGAGGUGAACGAAGGGAUAUCCAAAUCAGAAGGUUGAUGCGUCACAGGGCUGAUAUAGUUGUUGGCACCCCCGGAAGACUAAUCCUCGAUGAAGCAGAUCAGUUACUGGAUUUGGGAUUUCGUGAAGAUAUUGAGAGGAUUAUUCAAUAUUAUCCAAAGGAUCGUCAAACGUUUCUAUUUUCUGCCACAGUUUCACCACAAAUCCGACAAAUUGCAAAAUUUGCACUUAAGUCAGAUUACACAUUUAUCGAUACGGUUGAUCCGAAUGAUGUAAACACAAAUGUUCAAGUAAAGCAAACAUAUGCUAUUAUCCCUUAUCAUUUCCAUCUCGUUGCAAUCCGCAAAAUAAUCAAUGAUCAUAUGAAACAACACAAGAAUGGAAAAAUUAUUAUGUUUCUGCCGACAAGAAUGUCAACUAUACUUUACGCAGAUUUUCUUCGAAAUGUUGGCGAUGUUGAAGUUUUUGAGCUUCAUUCUGGAAAGUCUCAAGAACAACGUACUAGAGUAUCAAAUAGGUUUCGGCAAUCGAGACGUGAUGCAGUUCUGGUUACUUCUGAUGUCUCGGCACGUGGUGUUGAUUAUCCGGGAGUUACCUUAGUAGUUCAAGUAGGUGCACCAUCCUCACGUGAUCAGUAUAUCCAUCGUUUAGGACGAACAGGUCGUGCGGGCAAGGAAGGGGAAGGAAUAUUGCUUUUGGCACCUUUUGAAAAGGGCUUUAUAAAUUGCAUUGAUAACUUACCUGUAAAACGCAUAGAGGGUAUUGAUUCUGAUUUGGAAAAAAGCACAGACUCGGUAGUUGUGAAAUCCAUCGAAAUGCUUGAUAAUGAUUUAUUGGAUUCUGUCUACGAAUUGGGUAAAGCUUUUGGAACUGAGCCAAAUAUAAGUCCUGGGUUACUUUCAAGGAUAGGAUUUGGUAAUAACAAUAAAGGAAGAUCGUGGGGAGGGCGUUCGUUCGUCGGUCAUGAUGACCGUAAUUAUGGGCGGGACCGUUUUAGUGACCGAAGACUAUUUGAUCGGUUCAAUGAACGAGAAUCUCGUAAUCGUUAUAGAUAUUAA